AUGAUGGAAGCAGGGCGACGUGGUACAAUCGGUCGGAAAACGUCAACUUUCAUGCAAGAGACUGUGAGCUACAAGUUUAAGGCACAAUUGUCACUACUAAUGAGCGACAUCUCGAGCACCGAGGUGCACUACGUGCGCUGCAUCAAACCCAAUUCGCAAAAGCGUCCCGACAUCUAUGAAAUUGACGCGGUCGUCAACCAGCUUCGCUGUGCAGGUGUCGUGGAAGCCAUUCGCAUUACACGCGCAGCAUUUCCGAAUAAGAUGGCACAUGAAAAGUUCCUUCGCCGUUUUGUAAUGAUGAGGAGCACAAAAACGCCCGCUUCCGUGUCUACGACUGUUACUGAGGCAUGCGAGUUGCUUGCUAAGGAACUACUUUGCAGUGAUGAUUUCGUUCGCAAGUGCGGCAACGAUGAACAACCCGAUACUCCAGAUUUUGUUGUCGGAAAAAGUCUGGUCUUUUUGGUAAAGAUGUGCUGGAGUUUCUAG